UGGACCUUUAUAGUAACCGAAAACCCUUAUUUAUAUAAAACCCUGAUUUCCCAGCAAAUCCUGACGCCUCCUCUGCUUCUUCUUUGACAACUCUAUCGGUAGGGUUUAGAAGGGUUUGAGGCCAGCAGCCACCAAUGGCUCCCAAAGUAUAUUUUGCAGUUGAGAAGAAGGCAGAUCCAAAGGCACAGGCCUUGAAGGCUGCGAAGGCUGUGAAAUCUGGGGCCACUUUUAAGAAGGCGGCAAAGAAGAUCCGAACAAAAGUUACAUUCCACAGGCCAAAGACCUUGAAGAAGGAUAGGAACCCUAAGUAUCCACGCAUUAGUGCUCCACCGAGAAACAAACUUGAUCAUUAUCAGAUUCUCAAGUUUCCCCUCACAACUGAGUCAGCUAUGAAGAAGAUUGAAGACAACAAUACCUUGGUUUUCAUUGUUGAUAUUCGUGCAGACAAGAAGAAGAUAAAGGAUGCUGUCAAGAAGAUGUAUGACAUUCAGGCCAAGAAAGUGAACACCUUGAUCAGGCCUGAUGGUACAAAGAAGGCAUAUGUUAGGUUAACACCCGACUAUGACGCAUUGGAUGUGGCAAACAAAAUUGGUAUUAUCUAAGCUAGUUGGUUGCUACGUUGUUAUUUUGAGACUUUGAGCAGGAAGAUAUAUUUUUAGCUGUUGAAGUUGUAAUCUUGCUUUACUGCCACUUAGCCUUCUGUGGUUAACUGAAGUAUUUUUGUUUAAUAUGUUAUUUCAAAAAAAAAAAUUGUUUGACAUUGUUCUGUGCUGAAAUGUACUUAUUGCUUCAAAUAUAGAGACUUGAUUUCUUUAGUGAAGUUUCAUAA